AUGGAAGAUUUCCAUCGUCAGGACGUAGCUGCUUCAUGUAUAUUCUUGUCGACCAAAACCGAGGAAUGUGGUCGCAAACUCCGAGACGUUGCCAGAGUUUACCAGGCCAAGGUGCAAAAUGCUGACAUCGCAACAAUUCCAACCGAAAGCAAGGAAGUUGAUCAAUGCCAGGCGGCGAUCCUGCUGACUGAAGAAGUAUUGCUUGAGGCUCUUUGCUUUGAUUUUAUUGUAGAAAGUCCCCACGCGGAGCUUUUGGAUCUAUUCGAGACCCUAGAGAGUGACUUGGAGGUACAGGAAUAUGCAUGGAGCCUAGCACACGAUUCUUAUAGAACGCCCCUCUGCAUUUUGUACCCUCCUAGAGUCAUCGCCUUCGCAUGCUACAUACUUUCACAGAGAAUUAUAGACGGGCCUAAUUCCCCUUCCCUCGAUGCCCGAGUUUCUGCGACCGCUCCGUCCACUUCAUUGCCAACUCCUCCGUCACACAAACCACCGUCUCCGGAUGCGUCUAGGGCAGCUAUCGACUAUUACAAUCUAAGCGAAUCCGAACUUCGUUCAAUUUCAGAAGCCAUUGGGAUCCUUCUUGAAUUCUAUUCUGUGCAAGAUCAAGUGUCAUACCCUUAUAUUUCUUCUAUAAUCGAAAUACCACCACCGGUUCAGCGGAACCCGCGACCCCGACUUUUUGUUCCACCGUCUCAACUAAACGCUAUAAACAAUCAAAAUGACCAACAAUCACAGUCAAUCUCUCAAGACGGGUUGGGAAGGACGCCUAGCUCGUCGCAUGGUGGUAAUACUCCGUUGACGCUGCCCUCUGAGGACGCACAAACCCCAAUACCACAAAAUGAGUAA